UAUUCCAAUACUUACCACACUUACAAGACAGUUGAAUGUAUCAGUUGUGUGUAAGUGUCGGAAUAAAAUGGAAUACAAUAAAAUAAUAUUUAUAUCGCUGUUAGCGAUUUCGGCAACAAAAUGUGAUAAUUGCGUUACUAAUGAUUUUGGACUAAAUUUUUAUGAUAGUUUUACAAAUGCUAACCCUGUGUGUGCUGGUAUGGCUACGUGGAGCUUGGGAAACUACAGUAUUGCUGGUAUUAAUAGCCCACACCAAGAAACGGAUUUGUUUAUAACACCUGAUGAGAAUCUGAGUUGUAUAUCAUCGUAUGAUUUUGAAAUGACGGCGGGUGGUAUACUAGAGAUCUAUGUUUACAUGGAUUCAAAGUCACAACGGGAUCAGAUCGUUGCGCUUGCUAACGAGGUCUCGAGCACUGGAAAGACUAUUGUCACGGGCACCGAGGUACUGACACCUCUUAACCCUGAUUACUUUAAUGGUUGGCAUGUUUUGAAAUUACGCUUGACCAGUAACGGAAUUUUCAGUGGAUACGUGUCUUUUCUCGGAGUAGCAGCAAAAGAGUCUACGGUUAUCAUAGAUUCAUUCCGAUACGUCCCGCCAGAGUAUGACAACGUUUGUAACGUUUACGAUGGAGAAUUUGUUACCAGUAGUCCUCCUGUAAGGCCUGAACCUCCAGAAAGUUGUAUUGCUUACAAUUUUGAAACAGAUUUUGACACGUUAUUCGACAGUGAGAGUGGAGUAUGCAUUGGCUUUUCAAAAUGGAACUUGAACAACUAUAUUACUGUGCCAGUGGACCACCCAAGUGAAGAAAGCUUUCAAUUUAUAGCACCACAAUCUUCGAUAAGCUGUAUUUCCUCAUUUUCAUUCAAUGCUGAAGCUGGUGGUGUAGUAGAAGUUAACGCAUACAUGGAAUCGAACACGAACACUGACCAAAUUGCGGUGCUUGUUAAUAAAAUAGCAGAUGAUAACAGUGACGUUGUGAUCGGUAGUACAGUGCUGACACCUUUGAAUACUAAUUACGCUGACGGAUGGCAUGUUUUAAGUGUCCCUCUAUCAGGCAGUGGAAAAUUUAAUGUCUUUGUAUCGUUCCUUGGUCUGGGAUCUGCAAAAUCCUUUGUUCUAAUUGAUUCAUUCAGAUACAUUUCACCAACAUUCAAUAAGGACGAGUGUCAAAUAUACGAAGACGAAGUAUUGGAAACAACAACACCAGUUCCCAUCACAACAGUAGCUCCAGUUGGUACAGGCGAAGAGUGUGUCACAUACAAUUUCGAACAAGAUUUUGAUAAUUUAUUUGACACUAACAGUCAGUUAUGCAGCGGAUAUUCUACAUGGCACCUAGGAGAUUAUCAUUCUCUGUCCAUCGAUAGCAUUAAUCCAAACAGUAAUACUUUCAUUGCACCAAAUGAUACAUCAAGUUGCAUCUCUUCGUUCGUCUUCAGAAUGAUGCCAGGAGGUGUUGUGAAAGUCAACACAUUCAUGAAGUCAGUAUCAAAAUUAGACUAUGUAAUCGUUUUGGCAAAGAAGAGAGUGCCUUCUGGUGAGGACACAGUAGCAGGAUUCACUUUAUACUACGCUUCUAAUGCACAUUUCGUGGAAGGGUGGAAUGUAUUACAAGUGACUGUAAACGAUUUUGCGACAUUUGAUGGCUAUAUCACUCUGAUCGGGUCAACUGCAGAAGAUUCGAUAGUUUUGAUUGACUCGUUCAGCUACACUCCACCUAACUCCGGCGACACCUGUGAAAUUUACUGAAGACAAAGUUUCGGCUAAAUUGUCAUCUGCCGUCAUAUUGUUGAAAGUAAGGUGGUCUCCACUCUAGAUUACCAAUCUAAGAUUAAGUAACGAGUAUUAUCAUAGAUUUGAUUUUAAUUAAUUACUAGAAAUUGGAAGUAAUAAAUUGGGGCAAAAUGGUGCACUUCCAACACACCUACUAAAUAAUAUCUACAAUAUCAAAAAGGUGAAGAAGCCUCUAUGACCUAGGCCUAGUGAUGGUCAUGACUGAGCUGGACUCUUUUUAGGUAAUUUAAAACUGCAACUGGUAGUGACAACUGAAACGAUUUCUUAGAUAUAUUUAAAAUGUUUGUACAAAAAUUUUAUAAUAAAAUAUUUAAACAGUAACGAUUUUACUUUCAACAAAAUGACGAAAGAUUGAAAGAAUUCAUCUAAUCGACAAACGUCGCCAAGAGAAUCAAUAAAUUUUAUGUCAACUUAUUACAAAUGUAUGAAACUAGUUUUGUUUCGAACUUUUCCGAUGUGUGUUCUUUCUUGAGAUCUCAUUGCUUUGUCAUACAUUUGAAAUUUUACUACUAACACAGUGCAACACCUCACCUGCUGCUCCAGUUUUUUUGGAAAAUUUAACAUUUUAAGAAAAUGUUCAGAGCUCAUUCCAAGAUAAAGUAAAUUAGUGCCAUAACCAAACGUAUCAUUGAAAUCUUAACUUAUGCAUGUCAAAAUAAACACGUAAAAUUAUGUAAACAUACUUACCUACAUUACUUUUACAUUUACAAAAUUAAUUUGCUGCU